AUGCAGCUACGUGGAAGAGAAGAUGUCGAAAGCAACACGACGGCCACGCCAAACAACGAGGAUCAAAAUGGUCUAAGUGACCAAGAGGGAGUUGCCAAACAACUCCCGGUUGCACCAGACGGUGGUGCCACGGCUUGGCUUCAUGUCUUAUUGAUGCAUAUUGUCUUUUUCAAUACUUGGGGCGUGGCAAAUGGAUAUGGCGUCUUCCAGGAGUACUACUCCCGAAUGUUGGGACAGACUGAAUCCUCCAUCGCUUGGAUCGGGAGCGUCCAGGUCUUCUUCUUGUUCGCCAUUGGGGUCAUCGCGGGACGUGUAACAGAUGCCGGGUACUUUCACAUCACUUUCACCUUUGGCGUAAUUCUUCAGGUUCUUGGUGUCUUCAUGACAUCGCUUUGUGAGACAUACUGGCAAAUUUUCCUUGCGCAAGCUGUUUGUCUUGGCAUUGGCAAUGGCUGCACUUUUUGUCCCGCACUGUCAAUCCUCUCUCAGUAUUUCCAGAGAUACCGAGCUUUUGCAGUUGGUCUUGCAGCGGCUGGUGCCGCAGUUGGUGGCCUUGUGUACCCUGUGUUGAUACACUGGCUAAUCUUUCAUGACAAUUUCGGUUUCCCUUGGACCUUACGAAUCAUGGGCUUUAUUAUGCUGGCCACAUAUCUACCCUGCAUAUUCCUCUUCAAACCACUUCUUCCACCACGGAAGACUGGCGAUUGGACGGAUAGGUCAGCUUUCACAGAUGUCCCCUUCUUGUUCUUUUCUUUGAGCAUGUUUUUUAAUUUCUGGGGACUGUACUUGGCAUUCUUCUAUCUCGGAACUUUUGCUAGAGACAAGAUUGGCAUCAGUGAGCCGAUUUACGUGCUCAUGGUCCUCAACGGAAUCGGCAUUAUUGGGCGAAUUGCACCCACCAUCAUUGCUGACAGGUGGACUGGCAUGUUGAAUUUGUUGAUCCCCAUCAGCUUUCUUGCCAGUUUACUAGUCUACUGCUGGGCGGCUGUUAGUUCACCUACGGGACUCUAUGUGUUUGCGGUCAUCUAUGGACUACUUGCGGCAGCCCUGCAGGCUCUCUUCCCAGCCGUUGCCACGACCAUGACCCCUGAACCCAGCAGAACCGGUACAAGAGUUGGCAUGAUUCUUGGUUUUGUUAGUUUCGCAAAUCUGACAGGACCGGCUAUAUGCGGUGCGAUCCUCCAGAAACAAGGCGGAGACUACAUUGGUGCGCAAAUGUUUGGUGCCUCAUCCAUUCUGCUUGGUGCGUUUAUGGCUUUGGCUGCGCGUAUUGCCAAAGCCGGGAGUACUCUGAAGCAAAAAGUAUGA